GUGGUGCUGACUGCUGACUGACUGGCCGGUGACCACGGGAAAAAGAUACAGCGGGAACAGCCAGCCAGCGGGCUUCGUUUAAACGCCGGCCCACCGCGUGCAUCCAUCCAACUGCUUCUUCUACUUAAGCUGAGCCACCCCACAGCUGCCACACCGGCAGCCACCUCGCUCGUCUCUCCUCUCCCUCCCCACCACUCCUCCUUCUCAGGCUCUCAGCUACCCAAAACCUCGCCGGCCCAGCACAAGUCGAGCCUGCACUGCACGCGCGCAGCCGGCGCAUGCAUUUUCCGCCGACGCGCGCCGCAGCUCGUCGGCACCAAGGUCGACCGUAGCACGCGCGCACGCAGGACACUCGGCAGUCGGCACCGAUGGGGGCGGCGGCGCCGCUGACGCUGCGGGACUUCCUGGAGAUGGCGUGCGAGUCCAGCUGCAGCGACGGCUUCCGCUCCUACCCGCGCCGCGUCCUCCCCUGCCCGUCGUCCUCUGACGACGGCGCCCUGGCCACGCAGGCGAAGCUAAAGGAGGAGACGGCGCCCGUGCGGCUGCUCAUCGAGGCCGACCUGCGGCGGAGCCCGUCGCGGACGCUCUCCUCCAUCCUCUUCCCCAGGAGCCCGCGGUCGCUGGCCGCCAUCUCGCGCCUCUCCAGGACCCUCUCGCGGCGGCUCGUCUUCUGGAGGCGCCACCCGGGCGAAGACGACGGCAGCGAACGGGACUCCCUCGGCCUCCCGUCCCCCGUGGUCAGCAGCUGCUCCGCGUCCGAGCACGCCGAGUCGGAGGCCGAGGCGCCUGGCCCGCCGCCCGUCGACGCGGCGGAGGAGAAGCCCGCCUCGAAGCCGUCGCCGUCGCCAUCACCGUCGUCCAGCUCGGGCAGCGUCGACGCAGAUGACAACCCCGCCGCCGCCGGAGCCAAGCACAAGGAGCAGCUAACACAUGGUGGCGAUGCCGUGGGGUCGACGGAGGAGGAGAAGCAGCAGCUGAGCCCCGUCUCCGUCAUGGACUUCCCCUUCCACCACCACCACCACGACGACGACGAAACGAGCGACGCCGGCACCUGCUACUCGCCUGCUACCCCCUUCCAGCACUGCCUCCCCGAUGAUCCCGAACGUACGCUACGGUCGAACAAGGCGCAGGCGCAGGAACUGCUGCUGCUGCACAAGAUCCGACGGCUCCACGGCCUGGCGCAGCCGGUGGGCCCCGUGGAUCUCGAGGCGCAGUUCGGCACCGAAUCUGAUCGCCAGUCCGCGGAAUCUGACGACACGCACACCCAGACGAGCAACUGCAACUGCAGCAGCACCAGCGCCGACGGCGGCAAGGCGGCGACGUGGUCACCACGGUGCAGGAGCUACACCGAUCGUGAAGCAGAGCGCGAGCCUGACGAGCCCUCGCGCCUCCUCGCGCGACUCCUCAAGGACGACGACGGCACGGCAGUUACUUCGGGUGCUACGGAACGGCUGCUCCUGGACUUCUUCGAGGAGGGGCUCGACCGGCGCCGCUCGUCGGAGGCAGGGCCAGUGGUCGGCGCGGUGAGGCCGUCGGACGACGAGUCGGCGCUGGUUCGUGCUGCACAGGAAUGGGUGCAGGGCGCCGGGACGCGGUGGGGCGCGGAGGACGUAUUGUACGCCGGGGAGGCGGCGCUGGCGGACAUGGACCGGGGUCGGCGGUGGGUGCGCGCCGGCGAGGAGGAGCGGGAGGUGGGCGCGGCGUUGGAGGGGCUGGUGAUGGACGCGCUGGUGGCCGAGCUGGUGCGCGACUUGGCAUUGGCAGCACGGCGUUGACGUACGGUGUAAAAUAUGUGCACGUCGUGCGCGUACCCGUGUGCCGCUGGUUUGGUCUGGUAGGAAAGGUAGACGCGUUGAGUCUUGAGUGCACGUUAUUAACUGGAGUGUUAAAACAUGACGUGGUUUCA